UUAAAGUUAAGAAUAUUUUUAGUCAUUUAGAAUUGAUCUUAUUUAUGUUUAUUUUAGAUUUAAUCGCAUUUAAUCGUUGCAUUUAAACUCCAUCUUUAAUAAAAACAAUGAAGAAGAGAAAACAGAUAGAUUCUGAGCUCGACGAGAUUAGGCAGGACGUGGCAUUUCUCAAGAACAAGAUGGAAUUAUUGUGUCAAUGGAUAACCAAAAAAUUUGGUGACUUAGAUUUUGAGAAAGACUUGCAGAAUUCGAGACAAUUAUUAUCCCAGCCAAAUACUCAUAAUCAUAAUCACUUCUCAUCAUCCUCUAUUGAAAAUGAACCAUUAGUAAUAACAAAAAAUUCGAAGCCACAAGAACAUUCAUAUUCCAGCAUCUCUGUGACCACACCCAACCCGAACCUAUACGACAUGGUGGAUGAGGAAUUGUCAAAUAAUUCGGGUGAAGACAUGUUCAUCUCACCCCCUGCAAAUCCCUCAAUUCUUGACACACCUAAAAAAUCUAAACCUCCACUGAUAACCAAGCAAGUAAUAAAAUCUACAAAUGCGUACGCUCCACAUCCUCCACCUUCAGUACCAUUAGUGCACAAUUCUAAUUACGCUUUCACCACUCCUCCUUCUUCAGCCGUUUCUAAUGAUGAGCAAAUUGGGCAAAAUGUAAGACAACCAUCUCUGGUUAUCAACAAAGAACCGAAAAAGAAACGAGUUAGAGCAAAGCGUGUAAGAUCUCCCAAAAAGACAUCUCAAUCUGCCUCCUCCACCACGAAUCAGUUAUCGUCAGACGACGAGAAUCCUACUUUGACCUCUAAAACACAGACGCAAAUUAUUCAAUGUGAGAUCUGCGGAAAGUUGAUAAAUGGACCGGCAGCAAUGAAACGCCACAGCCAGACCCACACCAACGUUCGUGCCCACAAGUGCUCAGACUGCGGUAAAAGUUUCCAGAGAAAGUUCCAUCUCAAAACGCACCGACUCAUUCAUGAUGGCGAGAAAAAACAUCAAUGCAGAUUUUGCGGAAAAUUAUUCCUACUUCCGAAAGAUAUCGUCGCUCAUGAAAGGACCCACACCGGUGAAAAGCCCUACGCUUGUGAAAAUUGUCCGAGAAAGUUCACACUAAAGAGUCACUUGGUUAUGCAUAUGAGAACCCACACUGGAGAAAAGCCUUAUAAAUGUGAUUCAUGCGAUAAAUGCUUCACUCAAGCCAACAGUCUUCGUGUUCACAAAAAGGCACAUUUGCCACAAUCAUCGACAAAUCAUCAGUAUGAAGAGAAACCUAACAAAAUUGCAAUAAAGAAAGUACAGCCUCCACCGACAGACACAUCGGGUCACAAUCCUGCUUCCACUUCUAUGAUAACUACAAUGUCCGAAUAUUCCAUGCGUUCCUCCAAUAAUUUCAACAUUAUUGGCCAGCUCAUUCCAAUUUCUCCAAUUUCUUUACCAAACCAACUCAACUUUACGCAACUCCAAUCAGCCUCCAUUUUACGAAUACCCACUCAGUUGCCAGUCACUGUAAUGUCGGCAGGGGGAAGUGGUCAAUCUAGCAAAGAGGUCAACUCAAGCUUGGAACCCAAUGGUAAUCAAUUGAUACACUCGUUGCAAGAUGAAGAAAGUUAUUAUGAUCUUGAAAAUUUGUAACACAAUAAAGAUUAUUGUCAGAAAUGUA